AUGGGUUCUCCCCUUGGACCGUUGCUGGCUAACGUCUUCAUGUGCUCGAUUGAGGAAAACCUCGAACAACACGGUCAACUUCCGCGCUAUUACCGGAGGUACGUCGACGACACCCUGACCGUAAUGCCUGAUAGGGUGACCGCUGGCCAGUUUCUAGACACCCUUAACUCUACCCAUCCCUCCCUCCAGUUUACCAUGGAAGUCGAACGGGAAGGAUCCCUUCCCUUUCUAGGAACUGAACUGCUUAACCGUGCACCAAAGAUUGAGAGCAAGGUCUACAUCAAAAGAACCAACACCGGUCUCCUUCUGCAUUUCCAGAGUCAUGUUGACAUUAAGUACAAGCGCAGCCUAGUUAACACCAUGGUGGAUCGCGCUUAUCGAUUAUCUUCUAACUGGUCUUUCUUCUCCGAGGAAUGUGACCGCCUUAGAGGGGUUUUUCAUAACUUGAAAUACCCAAAGCCACUGGUUGAAACUACAAUUAAGCGGUUCGUUGAGAGAAGGAUUUCAUCUGCAGAUCCCUGUCCAUCACCAGACGUACCAUCGGAGAUUGUGAGAUUAGUGUUGCCCUUCAAGGACCAGUCGUCAGCUAAUCAUGUUAAACAACAACUGAACAGUCUAAGCUCGAAGUUAAGCGUGACUGUCCAACGAGUGUUCGUUAGCACUAAGCUCGAUCAACAGCUUAAGCAACACGAAAUUAAGCCCCCUAUUGUUAACCAACAAUGUAUCGUUUAUGAAUUUAAAUGUAACCUGUGUGAUGCAGGGUAUGUGGGCUAUACUCGUGGUCACUUACACGAGCGCGUAGAAGGGCACACAAGGAAAUCAUCUUCUAUCUACAAACACUACCACCUCCAGCACAAUAGUGAAAUGCCUGAACGCUUGAUCGAGCAAUUCAACGUCAUCGCGAAAUGUAACGGCAAAUUUGAUUGCCUUGUUAAUGAAAUGUUGUAUAUUCGCAUGCGUAAGCCAACACUGAACGUGCAAACGGAUUCCAUCCGCGCCAAGGUGUUUGUUUAA